CGAGAAGGAGUUUAAACAUGCCGUGGAAAAGAUUGAAUCUGCUGUCCAGAAUGCUCUAACCUCGGACAAAAAAUACGAAAAUGUCGGUGUGCUCUCGCUCCGGUGGGUGAACGACGACUUGAACCUCGGCCAGAUAGAGACAGAGCUCCUCGACACUUUCAAAACCACUUUUAACUAUGCGACCGAAUCAUACAUCAUACCAGCGACCAGUUACAACGCCGCGGCUACAGGCGUGAAGAGGAAGCUGGGAAGUUUCAUGGCUAAGUAUGACAAUGCCAGCAGUCUUGCCAUUGUUAUCUACCAAGGGCAUAGCCAUUAUGCUCAGCACGGAAUAGUACCUCAGCAGCUUGUCUUAUUUGGAUCAUCGAACCCUGCUGCUCCUGCUAUCCCGUGGUCGUUCAUCGAAGCCAACCUGUCUAUCGAGGGAGACACACUUGCUAUAUUGGAUUCUUGCUUUUCCAGCGCCGCAGCGAUGACUGGGCUGAACACGGAGUAUCUCGUGGCAUCUGCAUUUGAGUCUCCGGCCUCUGCAAUCAUCCAGAGAAGCUUUACUCGCAGGCUCAUAGAUCUCUUCAAGAGCCAGAUCAAUCCCGAGAUGACUGUAGCCCAGAUCCACGCGAAGCUUGUUAAUCAAGCUAAUCAACCAGGGAGCGGCUUAGAUUACACGUUUGUCCAUAUUGCAUGCGACAAUAAACAGUCGAUCACCCUACGCCCUUUGAGGCACAUGCCACGGGAACUUGCAGCCCUGAAGAAAGGGGAUGAAUUAGCUGACGGCAAAGUCCUCGUUUCCGUUCUACUGGAAGGAAAGACGUCUAUUCCCUCCGUUUCAGAGUGGGAAACAUGGCUGGCUCGUGCCAUUCCUGAAGAUGUGGCCGACAUCAAGAUUGAAGCUGUCUUCGAGACCGGUUCUGCUCUCUGCUUGAUGACAAUGCCCAUUGCUGUCUUCGAUAUGCUGAAGGGACACAACCAUGAGGGCGCGUAUGGGUUUGUCGCUUACGUGGAGUCGAACAACCUCAUGAAUACGCAUGGGUUUCGUUCCCAAGCAUCGGGCUUUCUCACAGCUCGCCAGGGUAAUGUCCAGAUGCCCAGACGCGAGCCAAAGCCGACCAGUUCAACUGAAUGAAUCACUGUAAGACCACCGCGAGAUCAACCACCCCCCAGAUGUCGGUUGGGACGGCUCGGACGCAGUGGAACAAGCAGUGACUUAUGUAUUUGAUAAUGGCGAUGCUGAAUUAGGAUGGAACGAAGGGCAAGUGGGAAUGAAUUGUAUUCCAUAACAUCAUAUUUCUUAGUUUAGCUUGAGACAACGUCGCUUGAAGGCCCUUAACCUCUGUUCCUUAGCUCAUCGGACUGGUAGAUGG